AUGAUGACGCCCGAGGAGCGCGCGCGCGCCGCGGCGCUGAAAAUCGCCCAGGCUGUCACUGCCGCCGCGCCCGCGGCGGCCGCCGCCGCCGCCGCGGCGGCGACACCGCAGCAGCAGCAGCAGCAGCGUGCGCCCGCAGCGGCCGCGGCGGCGGCCGCGCCGGACGCGGCGGUGCUGGCGGCGGCGGCGGCGUGGAAAGAGCACACGGCGCCCGAUGGGCGCAAGUACUAUCAUAACCGCCUUACUAAGGAGAGCCGCUGGACCAUGCCAGAGGAAAUGAAGGCGGCACAGGCGGCGGCGCGGGCCCCCCAGGCGGCGCCGCUGGCGGCCGACGGGCCCGCGGGGCGCUCUCCCCUGCAGCCGUCGCCCGGGGCCGCGCCCGCAGCCGCCGCCGGCUCGCCGGUCGCGGCGGCCGCCGCGCAGCAGCCGCGGCCGACGCCGGUCUAUGCCACCAAGGAGGAGGCGCGUGACGCGUUCAAGGAGCUGCUGGCUGAGGCCGGGAUUGGCGGGGAGGACACCUGGGACGGGGCACUCAGGCGCCUCGUCAGCGACCCGCGCUACGGGGCCAUCAAGGCCAUAGGGGAGCGCAAGACGGUCUUCAACGAAUACGUGCAGGUGGGGGUUACGCAGGGCGGUUACCGGUGGCGGUUACAGACGGCGGUCACGGACGGCGGUUGGGGAUGGCGGUUACCAGCUGAAUCUGAGUAA